UUCAUGUCUGUACUUUUAAAUGGCCUUUGAAAAUAUACUUCUGGUAUAACUUUAGAUUUUGUCAUAGAAAAUUAAAUUACCAUCAAAGAAACUGCGUGACAUGUUUAAAUAGUAUAUAGAAUAUUAAAGCUCUUUGUUUGCUUGCUCAAGUCUUUGUACAAAAACAUCGCGUUCAUUUCCCUCGUAACCUCACACAAAAUACGCAAGCCUUUAGUUACCAUAAAAUGCACGAUAGUCAUGUAACAGUGUCCUGAACAGAAAGCUAAAACCCUAUCUUGAAUUCCGUGGUUGCUGUUGGGCCAUAAAGAGCUAUUUUUUUAGUGACCCUCGUUCACACCUAUGAGUACCAAGGUGUUGGGGGGUCAGAUUACUUCACAAGUGUUUUGCAGACAAACCCGGGUGCGUAGCAGCAGUUUCAACAAAUGGUGCUCCCUUAGCUGAAAAUGUAGAUGGCUCACUUGCCUUGUAUGGUCACCCACUGAGUGAGGGAGGGCAAUGUGCACAACAAUACAGCUCUGGUGUGCUCUAGCCACAUGUGCUGUGCAGAGUGAACUGCUGUUCUCUUCUUCCUGUAGCUCUACCCAGAGCUACACUGACUCUGCAGACUAAGUGGAGUCCUGUGUUCACUGGAGAGUCUGUCACUCUGAAGUGUGAAAUAGAGUCUUACAGUAACUGGAGGUAUCAGUGGUAUAAAGGCCGCAGUAAGACUGCAGUCCAUCAGAAUGAGACAAACACCUUCACCAUCAGAUCACCAGCAGACAAGGAUCAGUACUGGUGUAGAGGACAGAGAGAUCAAAGACCCACAUCAUCACAGAACAGUACCAAAAUGAGUCUCUCUUUUGAAGCCAAACCCACACCAGUUGUGCGUGUAAGUGCGCAUUACAUUGUGUUCUCUGGAGACACAGUUACUCUGAGCUGUGAGCUACAGUCUACUGGAUGGCAGUUUCUCUGGUCCAAAGACUCAGAGGAGUUCAAGUCUGACAACAGCAGUGUAGAAGGUAUUAAAACCAUCCACCCUGUUCAGCUCUCUGAUGGAGGACAGUACAGGUGUAGGGCACAGAGAGGGAACCCCCCCUACUACACAGGCUACAGUAACCCUGUCACGGUGACAGCCAGUGCUCUACCCAGAGCUACACUGACUUUAGAGACUAACUGGAGUCCUGUGUUCACUGAAGAGUCUGUCACUCUGAAGUGUGAAAUAGAGUCGUACAGUAACUGGAGGUAUCAGUGGUAUAAAGGCCGCAGUAAGACUGCAGUCCAUCAGAAUGAGACAAACACCUUCACCAUCAGAUCACCAGCAGAGAAGGAUCAGUACUGGUGUAGAGGACAGAGAGAUCAAAGACCCACAUCAUCACAGGACAGCAAUUCUGUUACUCUAACAGUGAAAGAUAUUUCACCACAGGCAGUACUGAGUGUGUCUCCACAGAUCUGGCUGACUGAAGGAGACUCAGUGAGUCUAAGCUGUGAGGUCAGAAACUCCUCUACAGGCUGGACAUUCAGCUGGUACAGAGCUGUUCCCCAUGUUGAGCUCCUCUCAGGCAGCAGCAGUGGAACUGGAGGCUCCUACACUCUCAGUCCUGCUGCUCUACAUCACACAGGAGUUUAUGUGUGCAGAGCAGAGAGAGGAGAACCAGCCUAUCAGACACAGUACAGCAACACUCAGCCACUAUGGAUCACUGGUUUGUCCCCUGCAGUGUCUCUGAUCAUCAGUCCCAGCAGAACUCAACACUUUAGUGGUGACUCUCUCUCACUGAGCUGUGAGGGACAGAGUGACUCUACUGGAUGGAGAGUGAGAAGAUACACACACAGUGGGAAUGUGUCAGAUUGUUCAUCAGACUGGGGAUUAGAUACAGGAUCAACAUGCACCAUCAGAUACCUCUACACAACACACACUGGAGUGUACUGGUGUCAGUCUGAAUCUGGAGGGAACAGCAAUCCUGUUAAUAUCACAGUGCACAAUGGUAAUGUGAUUCUGGAGAGUGCAGUCCAUCAUCUGACUGAGGGAGAUUCUCUCACGCUUCGUUGUUUGGAUCGUAACACCAACACUUCAUACCUCCAAGCCAGUUUCUAUAAAGGUGGAUCACAUCUCUAUAACCAGACUACAGGAGAAAUGACCAUUCAUACUGUCUCACAGUCAGAUGAGGGUCUCUACUCCUGUAAACACCCAGAGAGAGGAGAGUCACCACAUAGCUGGGUCUCAGUCAGAGGAACCCCAUUCUCCAUCCUCAGACUGCUCAGUAGUCUAAUGGCAGCCUCUCCAUAUCUGCUAGUGUCCAUUGUGCUGGGGGUCAAAUGCUACAGAGUAUGAGGUCACACUGGUAAAAAUCAAAGGCACUGUGCAUUCAUAGAGUGAAAACCCAAAAGAGAAACUGAAAGUGGAACAAUGUGUUUCUGUUUGUAAUAAUCUGUUUCAAAUAGUAUUGAGACUGAAAUAGUUCAUUGUGAGUAGCUGUUUGGAUCUUAGCAGAAGAACAAUAUGUGUAAAGAAAAUUGUAGGCAAGCGAUAAUAUCAAAAGCUCAUGUCAAGUGUAUUUUAACUCCCUUUUUUUUGGUAUAUCAUUUCAAAUUACUUCUUUUAUGUUUGCAAUUAUUUGUAAAAGCCACUCAAACUAGUCUUUUAGGGUUCCUUGAACUAUGAAUGUUUAAAAGUGAAAAAUCUCCACACCUUGAAAACUCACCUUGAGUUUUCUAAACUUUGAAAGUUUAAUUUUUAUAAUGUAUUAUUAUUUUGUUAACAUUAGGUAUAUAUUUUUUCUUGUUAUUAUUUAUU